AGUGGUGAGUGUGCGGAGCGCCGAGGCUCGCGUUCCGCCGCUGCUUCCGUCGCCGGGGCGGGCGCCGCGGUGUCCCUGCCGAGCGUGAGCCCCGAACUGUCACCGCGCCGAGCCCCAGCCUCAUCCGUCGGUGUCAGCGGUCCGAGCUUUCCCCGCCUCGCUGGCGGCCCGCGCUCUCCCCCGCCGUACGCGUUCGCCGCUGUGGCCUGUAGCUACCUCGCCUCGCCGCUUUGUCUCCGCUGCUCUUGCCGUCCUUCCCGCGGCCCUCUGCGGGCGCGGCUGUCGGCUGUCGCUUUGCUGCUCCGCGACGGCGGCCUUGAGUCUCGCUCCCCCGGUGGGAAACGUAGAACUGGUUACUCGCCACCUUAGGCGGUGGGGUUUGAAUGAGAGCAGUGCCUCGGUAGGUCGUCAGAAAGUUACAGUCGCCCAUCUGAGCGUUUGUAAGAGAUGGAGGCAGGAGUGGUGAGGUUGAUUCUUCACCACACUGAAACCAUUAGGAAAAAUCCUUGUGGUUAACAGCAGAGGCUUCAGAGUGUAACCUGUACUCGGGCCUAGAAAUUAUUUAAAAUGGCGACUGAUACGUCUCAAGGUGAACUCGUCCAUCCUAAGGCACUCCCACUUAUAGUAGGAGCUCAGCUGAUCCACGCGGACAAGUUAGGUGAGAAGGUAGAAGAUAGCACCAUGCCGAUUCGUCGAACUGUGAAUUCUACCCGGGAAACUCCUCCCAAAAGCAAGCUUGCUGAAGGGGAGGAAGAAAAGCCAGAACCAGACAUAAGUUCAGAGGAAUCUGUCUCCACUGUAGAAGAACAAGAGAAUGAAACUCCACCUGCUACUUCGAGUGAGGCAGAGCAGCCAAAGGGGGAACCUGAGAAUGAAGAGAAGGAAGAAAAUAAGUCUUCUGAGGAAACCAAAAAGGAUGAGAAAGAUCAGUCUAAAGAAAAGGAGAAGAAAGUGAAAAAAACAAUUCCUUCCUGGGCUACCCUUUCUGCCAGCCAGCUAGCCAGGGCCCAGAAACAAACACCGAUGGCUUCUUCCCCACGUCCCAAGAUGGAUGCAAUCUUAACUGAGGCCAUUAAGGCGUGCUUCCAGAAGAGUGGUGCAUCAGUGGUUGCUAUUCGAAAAUACAUCAUCCAUAAGUAUCCUUCUCUGGAGCUGGAGAGAAGGGGUUAUCUCCUUAAACAAGCACUGAAAAGAGAAUUAAAUAGAGGAGUCAUCAAACAGGUUAAAGGAAAAGGUGCUUCUGGAAGUUUUGUUGUGGUUCAGAAAUCAAGAAAAACACCUCAGAAUUCCAGAAACAGAAAGAAUAGGAGCUCUGCAGUGGAUCCAGAACCACAAGUAAAAUUGGAGGAUGUCCUGCCACUGGCCUUUACUCGCCUUUGUGAACCUAAAGAAGCUUCCUACAGUCUCAUCAGGAAAUAUGUGUCUCAGUAUUAUCCUAAGCUUAGAGUGGACAUCAGGCCUCAGCUGUUGAAGAACGCUCUGCAGAGAGCAGUAGAGAGGGGCCAGUUAGAACAGAUAACUGGCAAAGGUGCUUCGGGGACAUUCCAGCUGAAGAAAUCAGGGGAGAAACCCCUGCUUGGUGGAAGCCUGAUGGAAUAUGCAAUCUUGUCUGCCAUUGCUGCCAUGAAUGAGCCGAAGACCUGCUCUACCACUGCUCUGAAGAAGUAUGUCCUAGAGAAUCACCCAGGAACCAAUUCUAACUAUCAAAUGCAUUUGCUGAAAAAAACCCUGCAGAAAUGCGAAAAGAAUGGGUGGAUGGAACAGAUCUCUGGGAAAGGGUUCAGUGGCACCUUCCAGCUCUGUUUUCCCUAUUAUCCCAGCCCAGGAGUUCUAUUUCCGAAGAAAGAGCCAGAUGAUUCUAGAGAUGAGGAUGAAGAUGAAGAUGAGUCAUCAGAAGAAGACUCUGAGGAUGAAGAGCCGCCACCUAAGAGAAGGUUGCAGAAGAAAACCCCAGCCAAGUCCCCAGGGAAGGCCGCAUCUGUGAAGCAGAGAGGGUCCAAACCUGCACCUAAAGUCUCAGCUGCCCAGCGGGGGAAAGCUAGGCCCUUGCCCAAGAAAGCACCUCCUAAGGCCAAAACGCCUGCCAAGAAGACCAGACCCUCAUCCACAGUCAUCAAGAAACCUAGUGGUGGCUCCUCAAAGAAGCCUGCAACCAGUGCAAGAAAGGAAGUAAAAUUGCCGGGCAAGGGCAAAUCCACCAUGAAGAAGUCUUUCAGAGUGAAAAAGUAAAUUUUAUAGGAAAAAAGGGUAUCAUGAUGAAAUUCAAAAUCUUAUUUUCUAAGGUCAGUGUGCAUUUGUUUAGUUUUGAUGCUUUUCAGAUUACAUUAUUUUCCUCUCCUAUGAACAUUGUGGGGAGGGACUCUAAAUAAACCAGUUUAGGCAUUUGCUAGCUUUAGGUGCUUUUAUUGGUGCCUGCCCUUUUCCUUGUUCAUUUUAAUUUCUGCAAUAAUCCUGGACUUUCCUAAACUAUGUAAUGUAUACUUGUCCUUUUUCUCUGCCUCCCCCAACCCCCUGUUGUUUUCAUGGUUAGCUUUGCCUUUUUUUUUUUCUUCCAGUUUUAUCUAAACAGUUGCAGAGAUUUUUAUAUUUGUAGAAAGCAUCAAGAACGGUAUGCCAGUCAGGUCCUGGAAGUAAAAUGGAGGCACAAUAUAGCACUGAGUUGUAAAGCCUCCUGCCUGGAGACUUCAGUUAUAGCUGUAAUAAUUAAUCUUAUUUAUAAAAGCCACUCCACUAACCUUUUCUCUCCAACUGUAAACACAGAGACAGCUUUGGGAAUAAGCCAAAAACAGUGUGAUCUCAUUAGAUUUUGAAGAUAUAUGACUCCUUUGGGCUACAUUUCAUAUUGAUCAAUUUCUAGGUAUUUUUCACUGGCCCAAAGUAUUGCAUUCCCUUAACAGCAAGCACAAGUUCUCUAUGUCACUUGUUUUUUGUUGUUGUUGUUGUUGUCGUUGUUGUUUUGAGACGGAGUCUUGCUCAGGUGCCCUGGAGUGCAGUGGUGCAGUCUCAGCUCACUGCAACCUCCACCUCCUGGGUUCAAGCAAUUCUCCUGCUUCAGCCUCCCGAGUAGCUGGGAUUACAGGUGUGCACCACCACGCCUGGCAAUUUUUUUGUAUUUUUAGUAGAGAUGGGGUUUCGCCAUGUUGGUCAGGCUGGUCUCGAACUCCUGACCUCAGGUGAUCCGCCUGCCUCGGCCUCCCAAAGUGCUGGGAUUACAGGAGUGAGCCACUGCGCCCGGCCUAUCCCACUUGGUUUUUGACUGAAGGGGAAGUGUAGAAAUAUAUUGAUUUGUGAUUUCUGGUGUCACCUGUGUUACCAAAAAUCAAAACAAACCUUUUUUAUUUUUUAUUAUUAUUUUUUUUGAGACAGAGUCUCGCUCUGUCGCCCAGUCUGGAGUGCAGUGGUGUGAUCUUGGCUCACUGCAAACUCCGCCUCCCAGGUUCAAGCGAUUCUCCCACCUCAGCCUCCCGAGUUGGGACUACAGGCGCACAUGACCACGCCCAGCUAAUUUUUUGUAUUUUUAGUAGAGAUGGGGUUUCACCAUGUUAGCCAGGAUGGUCUCGAUCUCCUGACCUCGUGAUCCACUCACCUCAGCCUCCCAAAAUCCUGGGGUUACAGAUGUGAGCCACCACUCACGGCCCAAAUCUUCUUGAUCAUAUGUUUAAAUAUAUGUUUUAAUAUUUGGAGCAUGAGUUGUCACUUCUUGUUUGCCUUUUUUAUAAGGAAAUGUUGGAGAGUUACAUCAUUGCUAAUGUAGAAAUGUUAAGUGGAAAAAUAUACAGUUUGGUAAAAUAAACUAGAUUCUACAUUUAUUUGUGGGUUUUUUCCCCUCCUUUCUUUCCACAGCACUUUUGAUAUCAAGCAAGUGGCUUCCUUUUUGAGAUAUUUAAAAAAAAAAGAAAAGGAGAAAAGUAAAUGAAGCCCAACUACCUAACCCUUUCUUAUUUGUAUUUUGUUUUAGUAUUGUGAAGUUGUGUUAAAUAGUACUAGCUAGAAAUACAAAUUUCUGGUUAUCAUUUCUCUUCCCUGUGGCACUUGACAUUUUAAUUGUCUUAAAGUUUUUGAAGUACAUCUUCUGGCCCCUUGAGUACUGCCAGAGGCAAAAGAUGUUUGUUUCUUAUUCAUUCCACUUUUGUCUCCUGGGAUCCCUUCUGUAGCCUAAAGUAUGUCUGGGAAAUGGACUUGAGAACAUUGGCUUGAAUUAGAUCAUAAUCAUGUGUGAUCCCAUCAUGAAUUCAUUGGAAUUUGUGUUGCAUGUAAGGCAAUCUUUCCUGUUGUAAAUCUUCCUUUUUUUAUGUACAUAUAUUUUGAAAAAUAUGAAUAAACAUGAAAUUUUAAAA